AAGAAAUAUUAAAACGGAAAAAUGUAGUUUUCAAUAUUUUCCAAUUAAUUUCAGUAUUUAUGUACUGAUUCUAAAUGACAGAACCAUACACUUUGGGUCAUGGUUGGAAUUUGAAGGUUUCAGCGGGUGAAUUAUUGGGCAGAACACAUGAAGAGCUAGUGCUGCUUUUGAUUCAAUUGCGUCGACAAAGAGCGACAGUUUGUCAAUCUAUGGAGAAGUGCCAUAGAGAAAUAGAAGCACAGGCCUGCUUGACUGAUUUAGAUAAAUCUAACCGAGUUGGGCAUUUACAAAAAUUGGAUGAACUCAAAGCCCAUCUUGUAGAUCUUGAGAAACAGUAUGAAAAAGGAAAGCCUUUAGUGAACCUAGUUGAUAAUAUGGUAAAACUUGGUUCUCUAUAUCAAGCUGGCUCUCCUGAAAAAAUAGAGUUUAUUCAAAGAAUUCAAGAACAGAGAUUAUUAGCAGAAGAAAAACGUGACUGGGAAAGAAUAAGGCCUGACCAUCAUGAAUUGAAAGCUAAGGUUGAGAGACUUUAUAGAUUAGACAAACUUUUACAAGAAGAAUCAGGAACUCUUCAUAGUCUUCAACAAGACAAGGGUGUUCUUGAACGAGCAUUAGGUGGAUUGAGAACUAAACUUCAGGGUAUACAUGGGAAUUCUCCUGAGACAGAAUGGUAUAAACGUCAGCAGCGUCUUCUUGAAAAAGAAUUGAGCCGAGUUCGUUCCAUUUUAGCUUUGAAUUCAAAGAAACUUGAGGAAACUGUUGCUGAAAAUGCAAGAUUAGAACAAGAACUUGUUGUUCUUCGACAAAAAUUGCAAUUAUCUCGAAGAACUGCUGAGCCUGGUGGAACUAACACUGCUGCGUUAGAGGCUGAAUUAUGUCAGGUUCAACUCUUGGUAGGAAAUUUACUUCGUCAGAGGCAAGAACUAAGUCUUCAAGUAAGACAGUUGACUGAGAAAUCAAAUUCAUUAAGUAGACAAAUUUGGCCUAAUUCUACUGAUAACAUUGGUGAUAUUAACAAUACUGGGAAAAAAAACUUGAAUAAUGGCUGGAUGGAAACAGAUCUAGAUGCGGAAGUAACAAAUGAUGUUAGUAGUUCGUCAUACCAUAACAGAAAUGGCAGACAACAUCCCGUAUAUGUGUCUCCAUUAUAUGUGAAUACUACCUCUGAAAGGGAUAUACAAUGUAACAGCAACUCUCCAUAUCCAGAUGAUUAUUUUGAAACUACUGCUUUAUCUUCACGAAACUUGGAAUUAAGUCAGUUAUCAGAAAUGAAUGAUGAAGAUAUCAUUAGACAAUCUUACGGUUUCCAUCUCAAGGAAAAGCCACAAGAAAUUAAAACUGUUCGGAUUGUUAAAAGGGAAUCAGAACGUAGGCAGAGGGACAGAGACAGAAGCGGUAAUAUAGGUAUUCCCAUUAGUUCUGCAAGUUCAAAAAGACUCCCUAUUGCUGAAGAACGCUGCAUUGAUAAGGAAAAAAAUGAAAAAGAAUUAGUAGAAGAGACUCAGGUUGAACUAGAUAGUAAACUGUCUGAAGUUCCUCCUACACCUGGACCUCGAACAGAUUCUGUUAAUGCCGUUUGGAAUUUAGUUCGAAAAAACCGUGUGAAGGGAAAGUUACUGAUAAAUAAGAGUGACAUGAAUGAUUCAUUGGUUAUUAAUAAUGAUUCACCUCAGUUAUCUCCAGUUUAUUUAAGCGAAACAGCAAGAAAAAUAGUUGAAGAAGUAGCUUGGCAAGGAAUGGGGGAAAAACGACUUGUACCAAAAGAAAAAAGGAGACACCACACAGUAUCUGGUCCUUCUUUAGGCACACCUCAAACUUUGUAUUCUCAGACUGGAUCAAGAGAUGAUUUGGAUAUUGAGAGAGUUUUGAGACCAAGGCUUACAACACCAGAUGUCGUCAGGUCAACCUUAAUCAGGGUCGACCCUCACUACACAAAAGAAACGAUAGAUAAUCUGUUAGGGGCCCCGGGAAAAAUUUUAAUUCCAGAAAGAUACGUCCCUGAAACACAACCUCAAUUGACAAAAGAAGAGCAGAAUAAAAGAUCAAAAAAAGCUGAUGCCAUCAGAAGAAUGUUAUGUGAAACAACUGCUGUUUCCCCAAAAGAUAAUGAUACAGAGGGAAUUGAGAAUACUUCAUUGUUAAGAAGAAAAGUGGCAGAAGAAAAGAAAAAUCGUGAGCAUUUGUUGCAGCUUAGUCAUAUUCUAGCUCAACAAGUUAUGGAAAAAAGCAAAAUUGUUGCAGGUGGAAAUUCCACACCUCUGGACUAAAUCACAAAUGAUGGUGUCAUAAAUUGUAUAAAACAGUAAUGGCAUUAGCAUCUUUACCCGAGAAAAUAAUGGAAGAAAUCGAUGAAGAAAAUGAACCUUCUUCAUUUGAGUGUUUACCACUUUACCAGCAAAGAGACAAUUUUUUUUCAUAAUAUUUAAAAAUGAAAAUAAUAAUUUUAUUCAAUAUUUGUUAAUCUUAUUGGAUUAACAAUUUAUUGUACAAGUUGUGAAUUUUCUAAGUACCUUAUUUGAAUAUUAUAUAUGAACAACAUAGUCAUUUUUAGUGUUUAUAUUAUCGUCGUAACAUAAAAUGUAUUUAUAUUAAUUUCUUUUGAUUUACCAAGCCUAGAUGUGAUUUUAUACAUUUAUUAAUAAUGUGAUUAAUUGUUGAUAAUUGAAAUUUCAUGUUAAGCAUAUUUUUAAACUUUCAAUGCUCAACUUUUAUGCAUCGCAUAAAUAGAUAGACUGAUAUUAAAUGCAAAUAAAUUUGUAAAGCACUGAAUUAGCUCUGUUUUUAUGAUAAAAAAAUGGUGUAUUAAAUAAAAUAAGGAAAUAAUUCCCCUGUAUUAUAGUGUAUAGUAGACCUUUUUAAUGAUUAGACUUUUCAUUAAAAGUCUAAUAUCUUAUUAAUUUUCAGAAGUAUAUUAUGUUUGUCCAAAUCAUUGAAAUAAAUGAUCUACUAAAAAUUAAUUUAUACUAAGUAAAUAAAAAAAUAAACAAAUAAUAAAGUGAUAUUUUUGUGAUGUAAUUGUAACCAGUCAAAACACUACACA